CUAAGACACUAAGACAGUCAAACGCCGUCACACCCGCCGGACACCUCCRAACCAACGACAUCUCAACGGACUUCGAUUGUUUUCAUUAUAACGACAACGAUAUCAGCUGCAAUACACACUUACGAUCAUGGAAAUGAAUUUUGGAACACUGUUGGACUUGGACCGCGGUCAACACGACGACUUGGAGCCCACCUCCAUCGCCACCGCGUCGUCGGUCACCGUGAUCGUGUCGAGCAGCAACAACAACAGCAGCAACAGCAGCAGUAGCGGCAGCUGUCGCAGUACUCCGUCAAGCUUUCCGCCGGUCACCGACUACCACCAUCAGCACCGCCGCUUGCAGCACGUUCAGCCCGUCGUCGGCCACCUACACGACCACGACGACCGCCUUGACGGCGUGGACAUGCACGCGACCCAAUUAUCCUCGUCGGCCGUCAACGGAUACGACACCAUGAUGAUCGCUGGUUACAACAACUAUUGCAGCAGCAGCGCCUCCGUGUACGACCCGUACAACAACGGUUACACGCAGACGUUCGCCUCGCUGCCGCCGUACGACGACAUUCGAAACUCUGCUCCACUGUUGCCUCUUCUGCACUCACAGCAGCACAUGCCACAACAACACAAUCCAGUGUUACACGGCAACGAUGAGAUGCAGACCGCCGCCGCGGUAAACGUGCAGCGCAAAAGGGAGAAGCAAAAGCGUCAGCGGACCGCUUACUCGAGCGAGCAGCUGAUGCACCUCGAAGAGUCGUUUACGGCCAACCAGUACUUGAACAGGGCCAGGCGCAUUGAUCUGGCUCGGACGCUGCGACUCACGGAAAGACAGAUCAAGAUUUGGUUUCAAAACAGGCGCAUGAAAGAGAAGAAGUCCAAGAGGGAUUCCGGCCAAGUAGAAUCUACUAGCGGUGGAGUGACGACCAUGACGCCGGCGGCCUUGGCUGCAAUCAGCGGUCCGCCGCCCGCGCCUGUGGUGCCGGUAACCGUGGCCAACUGCGGUUACGGCGCCGGUCAUUACUCGGACAACGGCUGCUCGCCGCCGAUCGCAAACAUGGCGAUGAAGUACAGUCCGUCGAGCACGUACUCGACACCGUCGCCGCCCAUCAUCCAGGCCCGUCGUCAUCAGCUCGCCGAACAUCAGCGCCCGGGACCGUCCACCACGAUGCACCACUAUUCGUCGUACGGGCCCAACAUGUACAACGGAAACUCUUGCGCGAUGCCGCCGCACCCGCCCACGUACGAGGAAACCGUCAACGGGCAGCAUCAGUCUGUGCCAAUGCCGCCGCAAGUACACUUGCACUGGUAUCCGACCUCGGUUAUAGCGUCGCACGACUCGGCCACUGACGGGUUGCAGUAACUCGAAGUCUUGAUGAUGACGGGUGAUAGUGAAGAGUACAGGGAGGAGCGGGCCCGCCUCGUGCUUCCGAUGCGAUCUUAAUCCGGGAUCGAAUCGGAAGUUCGACGGGUCUUACGAAUCCGGGGGGUUUUUUUUUCUAAACUUUUUAUUAUUUUCAUUUCUUUUGUUUUCAUUUUAUUAUCUUAAUUAUCAGUAUUGGCCGUCUGGACGACGAGACACGCUCGUGGUUUUUAAAUAUUAUGUCAUUACUUGGGAAAUGACUAUUUUAUUUUUUCAUCAUUAUUAUUAGUUACUA